AUGACACAGAUGUCGGAAGUAUCCGAAUCAACUAUCAUAACAACUUCGGCUCAAGGAGCGGAAGAAGCUGUGGUAAAUAUUUCUAAACCAUCACCAACCGUUAAAGCUUCUUCCAUAUCUCCAAGUCAACAACACAGUGCCACAUCUACCCCCAUUUUAAAUAAUAUUUUAUCCAAACCUUCUAUAAUUGAAACUGUCUCUACUUCUAAUUUUGAAUCCAAUUCAACUUUGGCAACUCCUAAAUCUGACAAUAACAUGUUAAUCUCUAAACAAUCAAUGGAAGCACAGACAAAUAACAUUGCUAAUAAAUCAGAUCUCGGUGCCACAAUUCAAAAGAGUUUGCAAGAACAACAGAACUUACCUCAACAUCAAUGGCCUCCAAAGACAAUGCCACCACCACAAAGUUUGCCUCCUAACAACCCACAAAAUAGUCAGUGGUUACAGCAACAAAAAUUUAUACCAGGUCAAAAUAUGCCGGGAACCAAUUGUUACAAUCCAAAUCCCAUUUCACAACAGCUCGUUAUGCCAAAUGGAGGUGUUUUAACGCCGAAGUUACCUAAUGGAGUUCUUAAUAUAUCACCAACUGGAGAAACAUCAAAAAAGUCUCUUGAAAACAUGGCAACACUAGGAAAUUCACAAAAUAGUCCUACACAACAAGUUCCUUGUAAUAGUCAGCAACAGAAUAAUGUAGAUGUUAUUACUUCAAAUGGUGCACUAGGUUUAAGUAUCAAUACUAAUCAUAAAGAAGCAACAUCUCCUGCUGGAAAUUCUUCUACUGUAGAUGAUAAUGAUGAUUCUAAGAAUUCUUUGUUACAUUCUCCAUCAUGGUCUAAUCAAUCAGCAAGUCAGAAAACAGCACCACCUACUCCAUCGGCAUCAUCAACACCUUCGGUGGAAGUGGUAACCACGCCGUCACGGGGAAAUUUAUCAUCUGGUGAAAUUAUACACAAAUUAGCAACGACAGUUUACUUUAAUGAAGAGUUAACAACAGAAUUAUUAAAUGAAAGGAAAACUUUUUUUGAACGAUUAUAUAAAAUAGGUGAAAAACAUAAAGAUAUUAUAACAGCUGCUCCAUGUAUUAGUAAGACACCGGUGGAUCUAUUUCGUUUAUGGAAAGGUGUUUUGGAGCGUGGUGGGUUUGAUACAGUAACAAAUAAAAAAGAAUGGAAAACAUUAUGUCCUUUAAGUCAUCCAUCUAUGCAAGAAUCCUCUGCAGCUGGUUAUCAACUUCGUAGACAUUAUACAAAAUAUGUAUUAAGGUUAGAAUGUGAAGAUACGGGUAAGAAUUAUGAAGAGUCAGUUGAGAAUGCAGAUAGAUUAAAAAAGAAAAAAAAAGUUAAAGAACCAGCACCAGCUACAGCUACUCCUGUACCUACAACUACUACAGGAGUUGGUUCAAAUAUUCCUAAUGGAUCAAGUUCUAAUUCUCAACCUAUGACACCAGCACCAUCUAAUCAUGGUAUGCCACAAGGAACUUCACAACAUCCUCAAAGUAGUGGUAGACCAGGAUAUGGUGUUCCAGGCCAACAAUCUCAAGGUUACCCACAACCACAGCAUCAUUCAGGAGAGAUGGGUCCUGGAGGAUAUCCAUAUCAUCAAAUGCCUUAUCCUCAAUGGAGUCAACCACAACCACCACCUGGAUAUCCAUAUAAUUCAAAUAUUCCUCAACGAAUGCCACCACAUCCUCAUAUGAGGCCACCAAAUAUGCCUAUUGGUUCUGAACAACAUAUGCCUUAUGAUGAUCCAAAUAGAAGUGGAGGAUAUUAUGGAAAUACUAUGGUACCACCACAUCAACAUGUAGGAUAUCCAGGGGCUUCAUCAACACCAAUGAGUCAUUUACCUGUACAAUUACAACCUACAUCUCAGCAACAAUCAAGUGCUCAAGAUGCUCAAAGAAAAUCUGCUACACCAUCUCAGGUAAAUAGUCGUGCUCCAUCUACUGGCCCACCACCUGAUACACCUGAUUCUAAUAGUCGAAUGUCUGCGAUAAGUGAAGAUCAAUCACAAAGUUCUUUAUCUAAUGCUCCUAUUCCAAGUCAUUCACAAACUCCAGUACAACAACCAAUACCGCAACAACCACCUCCUCAAAUACAACAACAACCUUCUCCAUUUUAUCCACCACCAUCUACAGGUAGUUAUAUUAACUCACCGAAACCAUCAAAUACACCAAUUGGUGGACAAGGAUAUCCUCCUUAUCAGAACCCAAUGUGGGGAAGAAUGCCACCUCAAAGUACUGGUCCACCGUUAUAUUCUCAACCUGGUGUUAAUGUAUCUUCUGCACAACAUCAACAACAACAACAACAGCAACGUCGACCAACAAUGUAUCCAGGUGUUCCACCACCACCAUCACCUCAAACAUCACAAAAUCAUCAGAACAGAGGAAAAUAUCCACCUAUGACUCAACAAUCAAUACCUCAACAACCAUCAAUGCAAUAUCCAUCUUUAAUGAAUAAUAAUAAUGGAAUUGUAUCAAGAAUGAGUUCAGGUGGUCCUAUGUUAGGGUCAAUGAUGCCUCAACAGCAAUCUCAACAACAUACUGGAACACCAGGACAAAUAAUUGGAUCAACAGCAUCUCAUAAUAUUAUUACAGGAAAUGUAAUUAGUCAAUUACCUUGUUUUUCUUCAGCACCUUCAGUACCAAUAUCAAAAGUUAUGCCACCUAAUUGUGUUGAAGGAAUAGAUUAUAAUUCAAGUAAAAAACGAAAGAAAAUAUUUAUUCGUGAUUUACCUUUAUAUCAUCCAAAACGUUUUAUAAUGGCAUUACGAAGUGGUUUAGAAGCAGAAAUAAUAUGGGCUAUAAAUAAUCUUGAAAUAAUGAUUUAUGAUCCAGAUCCAAAUUUUUAUCUUAAUUGUGAGGCAUUCCCGGAUUUGUUAAAUUUGUUAGUAGAACAUUUACGCGCUGCACUGUCAUUGUUGUAUCCAGAUGAAUUUAAAUUAUACAAUUGUAAAAAAGCAUUGCUAAUUGUUGAAGAGAAAGAGCUUUUAAAGACAGAAUUUGAUGAUACAUUAGUAUCAAGAAAUAAUUCACCAAAUUCUGAUUGUAGUAGCAAUAGUACAAAUAUUACUUCAAGUAGGACGCCAAUAAAUUCUAAAUUUGUUAAUGGUCAUUUAAAUAAAAAUAAUAAAAAAGAAGAUAAUAAUUGUGAAAAUAUUGUUGAUAAUAAUGAUUCAUUGAAAGUAGUGAAAAUAUUUAGCAAAACAUUACAAAAAAAUGGUUUUAAAAUUAAAUAUGUGGAUAGAAAAAUUCCAUUAGAUUUAGAAAGGCAAAGACCAAUAACUUUUGAUUUAGAUAAAGAUUAUUAUGAUGAAUCAUUAGAUUCUGAAGCAAUAGGUGAGAAAUUUUAUCAAGGUUAUGGUAGUGGCUUAUCUUCAAGAAUUGGCAUACUUUUAAAAAAUAAACUAUGUUUUGAGGAUGAAAUUGAAAUACUUAAGAAUUCAAAGAGAAAAUGUAAUGGUAAUAGUGAUUACAUUCCUUGUAAAAUAUCAAAAAAUGAUAAUAAUAUCAAGGAGGAAGAUUGUGUAAUUAUGGUGAAUAAAGAUGAAGAAGUUUUAAAUAAUAGUAACAAUGAUAAUAUUAAUAAUGGUGAUAUAAUUAAUGAGAUAAAAAGAAAAAAAGGUAAUGGGUUGUUUAAUUUCCGCAAUAGGAACAAGCAAGAAUUAGCUACAAGAUGUUUGGCUUUGUCAAAUAUAUUACGUGGAUUUGCAUUUUUACCAAGAAAUGAAAAAUGUAUGGCUCGUCAUUAUGGUUUAUUACAUUUAUUGGGAAAAUUCCUUCGAUUACGUGUAGAAGAAACAAAAAUAGUAAAAUUGAAGAAACCAAAGUUUGAUGGAAAAGAUUUGACAUCUAGAAUAGGUACAUUAACAACAUUAGAAGAUUCUGAUGCUGAUUUAUUGCUUGAAAAAGAUGACAAUGAUGAAUAUUUACUUGAUAAUGUGGCAGAUUCAUUAAGACAAGAUGCUUUUGUAAUACUUUCAUAUAUUGCAGGUUACCUAAAUUUAAUGGAAUUAGAUAGUCCAAUAGCAUUUUCAAUAAUGGAUGGUUUAAUAUUUUGGUUAACAAGUAAUACAUCAUAUGCUAAAGAUUUUAUUAUAAGUGGUGAUUCCUCAGCACGUCAUUUUGCACUAGAUGUAAUAGGCAAAAUGGUUAUACAAGAAAGCAAUACAGAUCUCCUAUAUAGUACUGGUUCAUUCAAAAGAACAAUUGAGAUGAUAAAAAUUUUAAGUGAAUUUUUAAUUCUUAGUGAAGAGGUCCCAAUACGUGAGUAUGCUUUAGUGAUAUUAGAUUCUUUAGUUACCAUCUAUCCUGAAGUUUGUUAUGUCUUGGCUAAUGAAACAUCUGCGGUUAAAUAUUUAAUAACUUUCCUAGAAUUUAUUAAUGGAAAUUUGAAUCAAAUAACACAACAACAAACUUCUGGUAUACAAAUGUUAAAAGAAAAUGCAGAAGUUAUGGGAACAACAUGGAACAUGUUAAGAAGAGCAACAAACAUUCUAUAUAAUAUGGCGAAAAUUCCAUCAAAUAUGCAUUUAUUUACAAAACACCGUUACAGUAUUUUGGAUUUAUCUCUUUCCACAAUGAUGGAUAGUGGUAUAAGUCGUAUGUUAAAUGACAUUCUUUUUGAAGUUUCACAAUAUGAAUAUCGACAAAAUCCACCACCUAAAGUAUCUCAUGAGAUAAUUGAUUUUGAUGACAUAUCAGUCACAAUAAAUGAUAAUGAGAAGAAGGAGCAGUCAUCGAAGUCUUCUUCCGUUACUAAUAAUACAGCAACUGUUGAAAAAGAGAAUAAUGGAGUAAUAAAUGAGGAAGCAAACAGUACAUCAAAGGAUUGUGCUGAGACAUCUUCAAGUAAUGAAUUAAAAAAAGAAGCAUCACAAACAGAGGAUACAAGAACAGAAGCGAAUAAUAGUAAUAAUGUUUCAGAAUCUACAGCUCCAACAAUAGUAACAGCUUCUGCAUGA